AUGGUUGAUGCGGCGCAGUCGGUGCCGCACAUGCCGGUGGACGUGCAGGAAAUAGGGGCCGACUUCAUGGCCUUCUCGGGCCACAAAAUGUACGGACCAACUGGAAUUGGCGUGCUGUGGGGCCGCGCGGACUUGUUGAACUCAAUGCCGCCAUACCAGUCGGGCGGCGAGAUGAUCCGUUCGGUUACUUUUGAAGAAACCAUAUACAAUACGCUGCCGGCCAAGUUUGAGGCGGGUACACCCGAUAUCGCCGGCGCGAUUGGACUGGGCGCCGCGGUGGAAUACCUGGAAGCGAUCGGGAUGGAACGGAUUGCCGCGUAUGAACACGCUUUGAUGCGUUACGGCACGGAACGCCUGGCCGGGAUCGAGGGUGUGCGCCUGAUCGGUACUGCGGCGGACAAAGGCGGCGUUUUGUCGUUCAUAAUGGACGCUGCCCACGCUCACGACAUCGGCACGAUUCUGGAUGCCGAAGGGAUUGCGAUCCGCACUGGGCACCACUGCGCCCAACCCGUGAUGGCACGGUACGAAAUUGCGGCCACUGCGAGAGCGUCGGUGGCUUUCUACAACACCACCGGAGAGAUUGAUGCGCUGGUCAAGGCAAUUGACCGGGUUAUCGAGGUGUUUGGCUAA